GCUGCCGCCUCAGCAACUUCGUUCGCCCUGUCGCUCCGCGGAGCCGGCUCUAUGGCGGCGCUGCGGGGGCUCUUGGGCUGGCGUCGUUGUCGCCUCCCCCCGGAGACGGCCCCCCGCCGGCCGCUGUGGGGCCUGAAGGCCGCCGGCUCCGGCCGCGAGGGGAGCCCGAGUGGAGUGAGCAUCGCAGCCGCGGGGGCUGCUGGCGGGGCGCUCGCUUGGUUCGCCUGCCACCACUUCUAUGACCGCCGCCCCCGCCAGUCGCCCCCGGCGCUUGGGCUCGGCAGCCGGAGGGAGGGUGGAGAAGAAGCCGGGGCGCCGAGCCAAGGCCGGGGACUGCUACCCAUCCCUGUGGCGACCGCUGCCAAGGAGACGACGGUCACAGAAAACAGACCAGAUCAUGAAGAUCUAGAUCUUUAUGCAACAUCCCGGGAGCGACGGUUUCUAAUGUUUGCCAGUUUAAAAUUUGAAGGGCAGCUAUUUAUGACACCAUAUGAUUUCAUCCAGUCUGUUACAAGUGAUGAACCGAGACGGACCAAACAGUGGAAUACCCUUUCAAAACAGGAAUUGAAUCAGAUACUUGUUGAAACUCCACCAGUUUGGAAAGGAUCAUCAAAACUCUUCAGGAAUCUCCAAGAAAAAGGUAUAAUUUCUUACACGGAAUAUCUGUUUUUACUAUGUAUCUUAACAAAACCACAUGCUGGUUUUAGAAUAGCAUUCAACAUGUUUGAUACAGAUGGAAAUGAAAUGGUGGACAAAAAAGAGUUCUUAGUGCUGCAAGACAUAUUUAGAAAGAAAAAUGAGAAAAAAGAAAGAAGAGGAGAUGAAGAAAAGCGUGCUAUGCUGCAUCUCCAGCUUUAUGGAUACCACAGUUCAACUAAUGCUGUGCUCAAAACAGCUGGAGAAGAUCUUGUUCCAAGAAGCUAUUGGGACACUCUGAGACGUAGCACAAGUCAGGCACUCUUUUCAGACCUCACAGAGCGUGCAGAUGACUUUUCCAGUUUACAGUCUGAUACUACAUUGCUGAUACACUUUUUUGGAAAGAAAGGAAAGGCUGAGCUUAACUUUGAAGAUUUUUACAGGUUUAUGGACAACCUCCAAACUGAAGUUCUUGAGAUAGAAUUCCUUUCCUAUUCUAAUGGAAUGAACACCAUCAGUGAGGAAGACUUUGCUCAUAUACUAUUAAGAUAUACAAAUGUGGAAAAUACAUCAAGCUAUCUGGAAAAUGUGCGCUGCAGUAUCCCAGAAGAACAAGGCAUUACAUUUGAUGAAUUCAGAUCAUUUUUCCAGUUUUUGAACAAUCUAGAAGAUUUUGCAAUUGCAAUGCAAAUGUACAAUUUUGCAAAUCGUUCAAUAGGACAAGGGUUACAAAAACAUACAGAAAUAUACCACUUUCAAAUCCUGUGUGAAGAAGGAACUCAACAGCAGACAAUGAAAAACUCCACAUAUGGGUUGAAGAACUGCUGCGUUUGUGUGAUGACUGUAAUAGGCAAGCACUUCAGAAAGCUUUGGAAGCACUUUCUGAAUCAAAAUAUGCUGAGAUGAAUGCCAAGUCAUGUCUACUUUUGAUCAGUGUUAAUGUUUGGUACCUUUUUUUUCUUUUGCAAACUGACUACAGAAAUCAGGAACAGACCAAUACACCAAACAUUUUUUAGCUGAAACCAUAUCUCACAAUCCUAGACAAGCACUCUACCUGUAUGAUCCGAAGUAAGACUCAUCUGAUAUUUUCAUACUUGCUGCUUCUCCUGCAAGGGAUUCAUAUGUAUCUUCUUUUAAUGUUUAAAAAUUAGUUUCUGACUGGUCAUCUGCUGAGCAAUCCCAUCCAUUCUUACUUGCUUUCACUUUCUUCCACCAGACUAGGAUUAUGAUUUAAUAAUGCUUUUCCCCAGUAUUAUCUUUCACUUUGAGCCUGUGCUAGUGGAGAAAUUUGGGAUAGAAGUCCUUAAAACAAAUACAGAAGUGCAUACAGUUACAUGUGAAAAUGCUUUAAAAGCUUUUCAGUGCAGAAAGGCCACAGCAAUCUAAAAACUUUUUAUGCAGAACCCCAUGGGGAUAGACGCUUCACAUGUAGCAUGAUUUGUGCAUUCUUUACCACAUUUACCUGGGACUUUUUUUUUUUUUUUAAGUAGGAUGGGACUAUUUAAUUUUAAAUAUAAUGGUCACAAAAGUCUAUACAAAUACAGAUUUAUUUAGAAAUUUAUUUUUAAAAAGCUACUGUAGUUUAUUUUCUCAUGCCAUUCCAUUUUUAUAGUUUGUUUCUUACACUGAUUAAUGUGCCCGUAAUAAUUACAGCUAUACAGGAAGAAAUAUUCCUAUCUGGUGUUAUCACAGGAACAUGUAUUCAAAGUAUGAAAUGAGGUUCGUUUUUAAACAAAAUCUAAUUGUGUAGUUAAAAAUUGUAAAGCUGUGCCUGUUACUAUGAAUUAUUAAGACUAAUUAAGCUCUUGUUAUAGAUAGAAAGAACCUUAAGUUUUUUUUAAAGAAAAAUCUAUAGACUAUUUAAAUUGCAAAAAUCUAUAGACUAUUUAAAUUUUUUAUUCAAUCCUGGUGUUUUUCAUUAUUUGCAUUCAAAUUAAAUCAAAUAUAAGUACUUUAAUUGAGCUAAAGAAAGUAGCUUUACUCUAGCACUUUACUGUAACACUGUAGGUUGAUCAAAGCAUAUUGACUUUAAAUUUUAUAAUUAUGUGUAAUACUACAGAAAUAAAUGUGUACCUUAUUUAUUUAUUCCAGCUGUUCAUGAAACAGCUUGGAUACUAACAACUGUGAGCAGAGUUCUGUUUGCAAAAUGGAUCUCUCACCCUGUCUUCUCCCUGCUGCUACCCUGUGAGAGCUUCUGAAACCACAGACUGUGAUACUAUGAGAAAUCACCAAAGAUCUCCUUUUCAAGAGCAAAUGUCACUAUUUAGAUUCCACACUGUUCUCUUUUGUGUUUUCUUUAGAUAAUAAAUCUGGUAAAAUACUUUAGGUGUAGUAAAUGGAAGAGAAUUCAGGUAACUGACAUGCAACAUAAAAUAGCUUUUUAAACUGUUGCUACUUAUGUUUAGUUUGUUAUAACUGCAAAAGGAAUGCAAUAUCUGUAGAAAUAUUUAGUAUAUUCAGUCACAAAAUGUUAUGAAGUUUUUUUUAAUCUAUCACAUUUAUCUCUCUCAAAGCUUUCUAUAAUCAAAAAUAUUAUAAAUGUAACUUCCAUUAAUUUAUACCACUAGCUCUUUUAGGCUACAGCUCUAAAGUUGACCUUUGAGUUAGAAAUCCAAGUUCUUUUGAAGUUUGUUCUUUACACUUUUAGCAUGGUAGGGCAGAGCUGGGAGGCACGAUCCCUCCACUAAAUCCGUAGCCUCCUUGCUUCCAUCAGCCCUGAAACUGGAAGGGGUGGAGAGAGAUGGUAAUAAUUUUCUUCCCUCAUUUCUGUCCUUUUGCAGUAAUUUAAUAGGGUUUCAGCUUAUAUCAAAGACUGAGCUAUUACAGUUUCCCAAAAUAGCAAAAUAGGAUUGUCCUGGUGAUAAGUCAUGUGCAUAAAAUUAUUGAAAAUUGCAAUAAUAUUAUUUUCUUCUUUAAAAGAAACAGUUGCUAUUUUCUAAUAGCUCCUGGAUAGAUAAAUGUAGUACAAUUUUGUUUUCAUUUGUUUUCUAAGGAUUCGUUCAGAUGCUUACUAGCACCUGGCAGAGCAUGUCCACAUUUCCACCAAUGUUGGUUCCAAUUAAAUGAAUAGAUGUAUAAAUAAGCAGAGUUGAAUCACAUUGCCCCCUCCUGUACUGCCAGUUUUUGAAGGAUGCUAUGAAUGUAUGAACCAAUGUAACGGAGUAGCACUGGAUUUAUAUAUUAUCUUAUACAUAUAGCAGAAGUCAGUUACUUAUGCCAUUAUAAAUGUUUUAAUCUUACAUAGAUAUCUCAUUAUUUCACUAAAAUAGAAACAGUAAUCAUGGACUGGAGGUUUGUAUCGGCCUUGGUCUAAACAUGUUGCCAUGUGAAUAGGGAAUGCUUCUGCAGCUCCUCUAUCUCUUAAAAAUGGCUUGUAAGAUAGGGGACCUGGAGUUUCAGCUUUUCAGACUGCACAGAAAAAUACGAAAAAGAUAAAUUAAUGGUAAUCUUCUACAGGAAAAAGGGUGUCUUCCACUUCUACUUACAAGGAACCUCUUCUGAAUUAAGUUUUAAAUUAAAUUAAAUUGAGUUAAUUGAAAUCAAUGGAAUUAGAUGAUACAUAACUAAGUUUGUAGUAUCAUACUCAACUAACCAAAACAGUUCCUAAAAUGCAUACACUGAAAACAUAAAAACUGAGUCAGUCUUAAAGUAACGACUUUUAGGAACAACAAGAUAGAAGAUGAUCUAGGACAAAGUAGAUACUGGUCCAUAUGUCAAAUGGAGGGGAGAUAUUGCCAUGCUUUUAGAAAUAAGACCACUGUGAAUAAACAACAGAAUAAAAAAAUAUUUGAAUUUUUAUACAAAAUGUGCAUUUUUACAUGGCUGCUAUUAAAACCGAAUGAAGUGCAAGAUUAAUUCAGAUACUGUUUUCAUUAGAAUAAUUCCUAUCUAUAUUAUUUUAUAUAAGAAUAGAAUAAGUAAACUUAUUGUAUGUUUGAUUAUUUAGAGAAAGGAUAUGGUAGAUAGGUAUGAAAUAUGAAACAUGCUAAAGGUUGAUCGCUGAAUUUGAGUACAGCAGUAUAUAAUGUAUGUAAAGCAUGUGUGAGAAUAAACAAUUAGAGGACAAUUCAACACUGAGCAGUGAAUAAUAGAAGGAAAUGUAGUGUCCCUUUGGUUGUUUAGCAUAAACAUACAAGGAAUGCUUGCAGUGAUGUUAGAGGUGUGUUGGAUGUGAAUGUGUAUGUUUUUAUGCCAAUGACACCAUGUUAUUGGCCGAGAACUUGAAUGAUUUUCAGAGAAUGACAGAUUUGUAACACAGUGAGAAGUACAGAUGUGAAAAUUAAUAUAUCAAAGCAUAAGGUAGUUGUAGCUGACGUGGAGAAUGGAGGGAAUAAAAAUGGAAAUAAAUGGCAAAAAGUAGAGCAAGUGUAUGAAUUUGUGCACCUUGGCAGAAUGUUUAAUAAACAUGGGGAAAUGGAUGGAAACUUUUUAAGACAUGUCAGUGCUCAUAGAAAGAUAGUAGAUAGUGUCUGAUUUGUUACAAGAUAUGUUUGUUGAAAGAAGUAAAAAUGGGUGGGAAAAUAGUGUGCUUUUGCCUACUUCCUUAUAUGGAAAUGAGAUGUGUAUGUCCAGAGAAACAUAGAAGUUGAUGCUGUGUGAAUGGGGUACUUAAGUAUAUGUGUAAAACAGGAAGAGAUAGGGUCAAAAGUAAAUGGGCACUGAAUGUGAACUGAAUACAAAAAGUGAAUGACCAAUAUGAAAGAAACAUAUUGAGAUGGUUUGGUCGUAUAGAAAGAAUGAAUAACAAUCAAAUUGCAAAACAAAUAUGUAAAGAUACAGUGAAUGGGUCAAAAGAAAGGGGAAGACUGAGAAUGUUAUGGUUGAAUAGAGUGGAUAACAUCCGUACAAAGAGAUGAAGAGUUAACAAAACAAUGUGGCAGUAUAGGAAACAAGGACUAAUAAUAUCUUCUUAAGAGUAACUACAGUAAUAAGAAUAUUA